GAGACUACUCGUCACCCAUUGAACAGAGGAAGACAUUCUCGUGCGGCGAAUGCAAUCACAAGACAUUCGCGUCGAUGCAGAGCUUAAGACUGCAUCAGAAGUGCAUUCAUAAAAUGAUUUCGACGUUUAUGUGUAAAUUCAGUGGUUGUGACCAGAAGUUUGAGAAAGUCAUGGACUUGAAGGCGCACGAGAGUCAGCACCGGAGGGACCACAACAGCAUCGAUUUCAAGCGACAGCCGAAGACAACUCUAGUCACGCCUUCGGAGGCAACCAAAUCGUCGGACAGUCCAGUCGUUAAGACACCCGAACCCCGAGUUCCUACGCCUACACCUGAAGUGAAGUUUAAGUGCAAAUACGAGGGCUGUUCGGCUGAAUACAAGACGAGACGAAGUCUCGCCAAACACGAAGAGAAACCUCAUCUGCCGAGCGGUGAUGUCGAUACCAUUGAUGCCAACACUGGCGCUAAAAAGUGCGAUCAAACGGCUAUCACGGCAUCGAAAGACCCUCAGAAACAGUUGGAGUUAUUACAGAAGUUUUACGCCUUUCAGAAGGAGAAGACUAAGACAGAGUUGUGA